GGUGACGGCGGCAGCAGCGGCGGCGUUGGGGUCGGCGAGCUUGGCUGCUACAGGUUCCCGCAGCGGCGCCCGCGAGGGACCCGGGCCGCGGGUGGAGGAGGAGGUGCGGGGCGGCGGCGCUUGGCGAUGGUGGGCGUCCCCGGAGCGGCCGCCUUCCAGCUUGGUGCUGACAAAAGGGUGCCAGCAAUGCCUGGAUCGCCUGUGGAAGUGAAGAUACAGUCAAGAUCCUCACCUCCCACCAUGCCACCCCUCCCACCAAUAAAUCCCGGAGGACCUAGGCCAGUGUCAUUCACUCCUACAGCAUUGAGCAACGGCAUCAACCAUUCUCCUCCCACCCUGAAUGGUGCCCCAUCACCACCACAGAGAUUCAGCAAUGGUCCUGCCUCUUCCACAUCAUCUGCACUAACAAAUCAACAGUUGCCAGCCACUUGUGGUGCCCGGCAGCUCAGCAAGUUGAAACGUUUCCUCACCACUCUGCAACAGUUUGGCAAUGACAUCUCACCUGAGAUUGGGGAGAAGGUGCGGACUCUUGUUCUAGCACUGGUGAACUCAACAGUAACAAUUGAAGAAUUCCAUUGCAAGCUCCAAGAGGCUACAAACUUUCCUCUUCGUCCUUUUGUUAUUCCAUUCCUCAAGGCGAACCUGCCUCUGCUGCAGCGAGAACUGCUGCACUGUGCUCGGGCCGCCAAGCAGACACCAUCCCAGUACCUGGCUCAGCAUGAACACCUUCUGCUCAACACAAGUAUUGCAUCCCCUGCUGACUCUUCUGAGCUGCUCAUGGAGGUGCAUGGAAAUGGAAAGAGGCCCAGUCCAGAGAGGCGGGAAGAGAGCAGUUUUGAAAGAGAGACAGUUCCUCCUGAGCCUCCUGCCAAGAGAGUGUGUACCAUUAGCCCUGCUCCCCGGCACAGUCCUGCCCUUACUGUGCCCCUCAUGAAUCCUGGGGGCCAGUUCCAUCCUACUCCUCCACCUCUUCAGCACUAUACCUUAGAAGAUAUUGCAACUUCCCACCUAUAUCGUGAACCCAACAAGAUGCUAGAACAUCGAGAAGUUCGUGAUAGACACCACAAUCUUAGUCUAAAUGGAGGCUAUCAAGAUGAGUUGGUAGACCACCGUUUGACAGAAAGGGAAUGGGCGGAUGAAUGGAAACAUCUUGAUCAUGCCCUGAACUGCAUUAUGGAAAUGGUAGAGAAAACAAGGCGCUCCAUGGCAGUCCUGAGGCGCUGUCAGGAAUCAGAUCGUGAAGAACUCAACUACUGGAAAAGACGAUACAAUGAAAACACAGAGAUGAGGAAAACAGGGAGUGAGUUGGUCUCCAGGCAGCACAGUCCUGGGAGCGCAGAUUCUCUCAGCAAUGAUUCUCAGCGGGAAUUCAACAGUAGGCCAGGAACAGGAUAUGUACCUGUGGAGUUUUGGAAAAAAACUGAAGAAGCUGUGAAUAAGGUGAAAAUUCAGGCCAUGUCAGAAGUACAGAAAGCCGUUGCUGAGGCAGAGCAAAAAGCCUUUGAAGUGAUUGCUACCGAGAGAGCUCGGAUGGAGCAGACAAUAGCGGAUGUCAAACGGCAGGCCGCAGAGGACGCCUUUCUCGUCAUAAAUGAGCAAGAAGAGUCGACGGAGAACUGCUGGAACUGUGGCCGCAAAGCCAGUGAGACCUGCAGUGGCUGCAAUAUCGCACGAUACUGCGGCUCUUUCUGCCAGCAUAAGGAUUGGGAGCGCCACCACCGCCUCUGUGGCCAGAACCUGCACGGCCAGAGUCCUCACAGCCAGAACCGGCCACUGCUUCCUGGAGGGAGGGGCUCCUCAGCCCGGUCCGCCGACUGCAGUGUGCCAAGUCCAGCCCUGGACAAGACCUCGGCAACCACCUCGCGCUCCUCAACACCUGCCUCUGUGACAGCCAUCGACACCAGCGGACUCUGAGCCCCAGACUCGCUUCCCCCUGAUGACCUCACAGCACGACAGACUCUGCACAGGAGGUUGGCUGCUUGAACCAGUGCAAGUAGCUGUCGGGUCAUCAUCAAGAGAAGUGGAGGCAGGAAGACUUCAAGCCCCGGCAAACACUGCUCCCCAGCCUCUCCACACACUUGCCCCAGUUCCCCGUCUGUGUCCUUGGGGGAAGUCAUGUGCACACAGGCAGCUGGCUGGAGCUGCCUCCUCCAUGGCUUCCUGGUUUGUUCCUCUCCCAGCUGAAGCUGGGAUGGCCGGCCACUUUUCUGUGUAGCCCGCCAGCUCCCCUCCCUGCCUCGUGAGGCAGCAGACUGUCGAAUGAACCCUGCCAGGCUGGAGGCAGCUCACCCCAUGUGCUGUCCCCUACUCCAUCGUCCUCCCAUGGCAGAGGCCUGGAGACUGAUAGCAAGCCGGGAGGAGGCCUCUCUCCCAAAGGGAGUUCCCCUUGCCCCUAACAGCUCCUUGAGCCCACCCUCAGCAGGUGCCACUGAUUGGUCCCGUGGGGACUUGGGCAGGCCAAAAGCAGCACUCAGGACUCCCUCCUCGACCCUGCUGUUCAGACUUAAGAUUCUCAGAAACCACAGGAAAGAAGUCACCAUUUCAGUAAAAAGCACCCAUAAUAAAAAAUAAAACUUCACCAAGCAUCACAGAUCAUUUUGGACAAGAUUUUCUAACCUGGCUGGCUAUUUUAGUUUGGGACCCAUUUUUUUUUUCUCUUAUUUGAUUUUGCUUAUGCAGAAAAUAGUUUUCAGCGCAUGGAUUGGUCUGAGGGAGAAUGAGACUCAAUUGUGGAUAGUCUGUUCCCUCUGAGCAUGUUUGCCAAACUAAUAUCACAUUAUUGAAUGGAUCAUCUAUUGGAAAUGCAGAACGUUUUGUCACCACUUGGCUCUUUGCACAGUUGUCUUGUUCUGUGUCCUUUUAUCUCAGACCACGCAUGUCCAGGUCCCUGCGUGGAUCUUCUUCCCGUGGUCUCUAUUUGGCACCUCUGAAGCCGUAGUUGACCCACAGGAUGCGAUGUGGUGUGGCUACGACUUGCCUCACCAAUCAAGGCCUGGUCACUUCUGAGCAACCCUUUUGGACCUGAAGGAAUUCUUCAAACCUUGUCAUUAUGUCCUAUAUCAAUUUAUUAUUGGGCAUACAAUCUGUUUCCCUUCUCUUGUUUUGUUGGUACCUGCCCUCUUUGAGCUAAGAAAAGUUCUGUGAAUUGUGACAACCAUUUGAGAGAGCCUGACCAAUUUUUCUUCCUGUCUUCAGGGAGUUUUCCAGCUGCUUACCUAGCUCUCUGAACAUAACAUCACCUAUAGUCCCUUUAAAACGUUAGGAACUGCCACACACGUUCUUCCCUGUCAUUCAAGUUUUAUUGGGAGCCCAAGGACUUUGACCCUCCCCCACUCCACCUCCAAGCCUUCAGCGCCCUCUUGCGGCAAGGUCCCGCUGGCCCUGGAAAGCUCAGCUUUAGAUGGCCAAUUUCUGUGCAUUGGCCAGAGUGAAUUGAAAGCUCUCAGUAAGGUAUCAGCAUAGGUAACGUUGUCCUUACAUAUAGGUGUAUCUUACUUUAAGAACUUUAAGUCCCUAAUUUACCUUACCCAAGGAUUUUCUGUCUUAAAAGAAACUCAGAACAAGGCACCUUUAGAAUACCUGGAUUUCUGCUACAUAAAGUAAGACAUCCCCAGAGAAAGAAUAACAGAAUAGUUACUUUAUUGUGGAACUCCUUAAGCUGUAGCAGUUGGGGUGUCCUGACUAACAGAGAUGAAAUCAGAACCCCAGACAGGAGUUGCCUACAUUUCCCUGAGAUAUAGGAUGUCCCCUGAGAGGAGGUCGCUGAGCCUGUAAACCUGUUGCAGCAAGAGGGUGUCUCGUGGUGUCCGCUGGGUCUGUCCUCAGCUCCCUUUUUCAUUGGCAAGUUGGAUGAACACCUAGGCAUGUUCUUUAAGCCUUCAGUGGCCACAGGACUAGCCAGGGUAGCUCAGGUUUUUUCGGGUUGGAAUAAAGAGCCAAAACCAACCGAAUACUGUUCGUCAGGGCUCGAUGUCAAGGUCUACAGGUAAGGUUUAGGAUUAGUGUGCAGGUAGGUCCUAGCUCACUUUUGUGGAGUGUGGUUCCAAUGACAGCUUAAUUUUCAGAAGUUUUGUAAUGCUAUUCUAAACGGCUUUGCUCAUGUGCUACCCAGAGGCCAAGCUGAAAGGCAGUGUUCCACACUACAGUUCAGAUCUCAGGCCUUUUGCUGUAUUAAUUUUGGUCAGUUUCACACAUAGGUUGCUAGGGCAUCUGUCCAAGACUUCCUAUUUAAAUGUAAACAGUCCCUUUCUCCACCUCCCGCUCUUCUGAAAUUCUCCAGCUCUCUGGUUAGGAGGAGAAGGGACACUAUUUUGGGAUGGGGUGAGGGGACUGGAGGGCAGGGGUGAGUCCAGGUUCCCCACUUGGUUUCCCGUGUCUGCUGAUAAUCCAGCUGCCAGGUUGAGGGUGCAGAUUCAGGCUUCCCCCUUUCAUUUAAUUAGAUUUAAAAUAAUAGACUGCUUAGAGGAUCAACCUUUAUAGUUUGAGGGGACAAAAAAAGACAUAAUGGUGGUACUGAAGGUAUUGUCAGGGUAGUCAUAGGCUCUUCAAUAUUAUCCUGGAAACCAAAAGCAGAUGUGACACGUGAUGGGACAUCAUUGUCCUCUCCCCGGUGAGGAGAGGUUGCAGGAGCCAGAGAAGACCAGAAGUGGCCAACAUGGGAGCUGUCUUUAAAUGUUCUGAGGGAAGCUUGAGGGCUGGAUCCCCAGAAUUUCAAUCAUCCUUUGGGGCCACACUGCCUGCACCAGGCCUGACUCCAUCCAGUGGUGAGAACAGACUCAGGUUAGUUCUACCUGCUCAGGAAUAGGCAGCCCUCCUCCUGAGCUGUGAGCACCCCACUUGGGAGC